ACAGAGAGGAGGUGAGACCAGGAGGCAGAGCUACCCUUUCCCCUGAGCUCGGACUGCAUGCUCUCUUUGUGGCCUGUUAACCUCUUACUCGGUUAGUCGGCAAGCCAGGUUGGCAGGGAUGGGUGAUCCAGCAACCCUGGUCGAGACUGCCACCCCCCCGGUCGUCACAGCGAUCCCCACAGUGAUAGCCGGGGAAAUACAAGAUGGUACUAAAACUCAAUCAGCCAAUAAGAAUGGGAAGAAGGCGGACUCCGGGUCAAGCGGCAGCAGCUUCUUCACCUGGUUCAUUGUGCUGGCCCUGCUGGGUGUCUGGACAUCUGUAGCGGUGGUCUACUUUGACCUGGUCGACUAUCAGGGAGUCCUUGACAAGGCUAAGGGCUUACAAAUUAACCUGUCUGAGGCCUUGCAAGGUAAACUGGUGGCAUACGAUACAGAUGGCGAUGGUGAUUUUGAUGUCGAGGAUGCUAAAGUUCUGCUAGGACUGAAAGAGAAGGCUGUUGUCGUCGCUUCCCGUCGCGAAGAAGCUGCUGUUCCAUUGGAGACUCCUGAACCUGAACCUGAACCGACACCAGAAGCUGUUAUUGAGCCUGAACCUGUGCCUGUGGAGGAUGUGAUUGAAGCUGCUGUAGCAGAGGACACUUCUGCUCCACCACCACCAGAGCCUGAACCUGAGGUAGCAGCCGAGCCUGAGGUGGUCUCCUCUGAGCCUGAGCCAGAGCCUGAACCAGAACCAGAACCUGAGCCUGAGGAGACUCCUGAGGUGAUUGAGGAGGACCCAGAGGUGCUGGAGGAGGAGGCUCCCGCUGUAGAAGAGGAGGCCCCUGUGGAGGAGGCUGCUCCAGUUGAAGAGGAGGCGGUAGCUGAGGAGGUUGCAGAGGAAAUGAUGGCAGACCAGCCCGCAGAGGAGGUGGAGGAAGUGGCAGCAGAGCAGGCUGUGGAGGAGGAGGCUGCUGACGAGGCCGUGGAGGAACCUGCUGCAGUGGAGGAGGCUGAGGAGGUCGCAGAGGAGGUGGAGGAAGAGAGCGCUCCUGCAGAAGAAGCUGUCGAGGAGCCUGCUGAAGAGGAGGAAGCACCUUCAGACGAAGCUGUCGAGGAGAUAGCAGGGGAAGAUGAGGCAGCUCCUUCAGAGGACCCUGCUGAGGAGCCCGCUGAAGAGGAGGCGGCUCUUUCAGAGGAAGCUGUUGAGGAGGUGGCAGAGGAAACUGUCGAGGAGGUAGCGGAGGAAGAUGAGGCAGCUCCUUCAGAGGACCCUGCUGAGGAGCCUGUUGAAGAGGAGGUGGCUCUUUCAGAGGAAGCGGUUGAGGAGGUGGCAGAGGAAACUGUUGAGGAGGUGGCAGAGGAAGAUGAGGCAGCUCCUACAGAGGACCCUGCUGAGGAGCCCGCUGAAGAGGAGGCAGCUCCAACAGAAGAAACUGUUGAGGAUGUAGCAGAAGAAGAGGAGGCAGCUCCUGCAGAAGAAACUGUGGAGGAGUUUGUCGAAGAGGAGGAGGCAGCACCUUCAGACGAAACUGCCGAGGAGCCUGUUGAAGAAGAGGAGGCAGCACCUUCAGACGAAACUGCUGAGGAGCCAGCUGCAGAAGAGGAGGCAGCUCCUUCAGAGGAAGCUGCUGAGGAGCCUGUUGAAGAGGAGGCAGCCCCCUUAGAAGAGGCAGUAGAGGAAGCAGCAGACAUAGACGCAACUCCAGAAGAAGUAGUAGCAGAGGAGCAAACAGUGCCAGUCACGGAGACAGAAGAAGAAGAAGAAGAAACACACGAGGCAGCAGAAGAAGCAGCAGAGUUUGUUGAGGCGGAGGAACAGAUUCAGGAUGAACCCACAGAAACGUAGAGGCUGCCGGGCGGUUGUCGUGGUGACGGAGCAGGGACCCACUGAUGUUGCAUCAGCACCAUCUGAGCAUGCUCAGAGCGAUGAUGCACCUCUCCACCUCCAGAGAAACGAUUGAGUCGUUAUGACAACACCCCCCCACCCCCACAAACCUGUCUCCCCCCUCCCUCCCACCUUGCUUUGGAUUUUCCUUUUGGUAUAAAUGUGUGAGAUCAUGGAUGAGUUGUUUACUAAUAUGGUACUCCUGUUUUUACCCUUCUCGCUUUUCUUUGAGUCUUUGUUCACCAUCCGUCUUUUCGUUAAGGAGAGCACAUUUCCAUGUCUGUUCAGGGUGGUUUAGUUCUGUGUGGCUGUGGUAGAUGGUCAGGCCAUGUGACGUCUAUGCGCUCUACUUGCAGCCAGUAUACCGGAGUCACAGAAACAAAAACAAAAAUCUUGCUUUGAACGCUGCAGUGUCUCCACUCUGAGCUGGCGUUUCCAAUCCCUCCUGCUGACAACACUCAGCGUGAUGGAGGUAUGUAAAAUAUUUUAAGCUCAGCUACCAAACUGAAAAUAUCUUUCUCUGCCCCUCUGCUGCAGCGUCUGUUCAGCUCUGUCGUGCUAUAGAUUCUAUGCAAAGCUGGUGUGAUGCCUUCACACACCUCCCUCACCCCUCCUCCCCCAGUCAGUUUAUUUACCACUCAGUAUGUGUCCACUCCAGGAUGAGCCAUAUGCUAGCAUGUGAAUUCAGAGAAAAAGCUUGUGUCUGUGUGUGCGUGUGUGUGUCUCUGUGUGUGUGCGUGUGCGUGCGUGUGUGUGUGCAGAUGCAUUCCUCAUGUACCCCGUGAUGAGCGUGUUCCUCAUUUUGACAAAUCUCUUUUGCUCAUUCAUCCUCUCUGUGUGCCGUAGACAUCAUGGUUUAGUUUUUGAGACUGUGUUUGACUUUUUUCUCGUUUGUUCUCUAACUACUUUUACCUCUGUGUGUUUGUGUUCUUUAGAUUUCUUGCUGUUCAUAUUUUUUCACUUCUUCCAAUAUGAUUACCAAGACCUUCUAACUAGACAAUCAGAUAAGUUUUAAGUGAAGUUGUGACUUUAAACUUCAGCUGUGUAAACUGUGAUGUAAAUUAGGACACCACGGACAGUGCAAGGCUGUGACGCUGUGGUGUAGAGGUUGUUUUUUUCCAACACAUCGGCUGUACGUGGAUCCAGCCUUGCAGGCUGGUUCAGGCAGGAUACUGAAGGUAUCUGAAGUGUUUUAACCCCGUGUGAUCCAGAUUCCACUUUCUUUCAUGUGCAAACGCUCGGUUAUCUCUGGCUCACAAAGGGUUAAAUGGAUCAGGCAUCCCGUGGAAGUCGGCCAUAACUAGCGGACGGACACCAGUUAAAAAGAUCUUUCUUUAUCAUCAGUGGCGAAUCUUCACGGCCUCAUUCCCUCUGCUGAAAAGCUUAAAGUUGUGUGUUUUAUUUACUUGAAGGGAAACUCUGAGACAUUUCUCUCGUCACUGUUCCCUUUUCCUUUGGACAUCAGAAUUUGUCGUUGUGUUUUUUAAUCAGUGAUCAUGAACAAAACAUCAGCUUACACAUCAUUCCAUCGCAGAACUCAAGUUGUGGAAUUUAGAAAGCUAAAUGAGUGUUUUGUAUCUUACUUUGAAGGUGAUGGCCAGAUCUGCAUCCUUUGUUCCUUGAGCUAUAACUGUGACACUAAGAUCUGGGACAGUGGGUGCGGCGCUGUGGAUGACACAUUCCUGUUGUGAUACUGACAAUAAAGAAUCUGUAGAUCUGAUGUUGUAGAAUUAAUUACAACACAACACUACUAUAAGACGAAGAGAGAGACCAAUUAAAGCAUUCCUCAUUUUUAAAGACUCCAUCAUUUGGUGUCACAGUCCCACGUUGUGUCUGUUGUCCUCACAUACUGUAACUAUUGUUUUUAGAGAUGCAACACAUUCCAGUGGUGUGCAGUAGUCCUUUUGUAGGAUGUCUGGUCUUUUGUUCUGUAACACUAGCUGGUCUUUUUUACUUCCUAACACUUUGUAAGUCAACAUGAACUGUAAAACCUUUUUAACAUUGAAUAGUACAAUCUUUACCAAGAGAGAGCUUCUAGAUUUUUAAAAGGAACAUUUUUAAAAAGGACUUGGAGAAAUAAUAAUAAAAAAAGUUUAACUUUCUGAAAAUGCUUUAAGCCAUAAGCUGUUUGUGGCAGGCGGGUUAAAGGGGCUCUGCUAUGUCAGGACAAACCUUAUUCUCUAAGAAUAGAAAAGGAAGAGCAAUAACGUGAAAACUGCAGACCAAACACACUGCAGCAACCCGGUGACGCAGAUCUCGAUGUUUUUCAUUCAUUCACUCAUGGGAAGGGUUGUGAUGACAUGGACAGACUGGCUUCCAGACAAAGGAGGGGGCAGUUUGUUAAUUGAUAGCUGUGUAAUAGCCUGAGCUCCGCUGUGCUAUGAGGAAAUAAAGUUGCUGGUUAAAAACUGCCCGUGUCUGCCUCACAGUGUUGUUUGCAGAUCAAAUACGGUCAUGUAGACGCUGAUGAUCAUUAAAUUAUUGUGAAGUAAUGAUGUAAAGGAGAUUUGAAGUGUCAGUUUUCUGUAAAUGAUCUGUUGCUGCAAUAAAAGGAUUGGGACAACA